AUGUCUGGCGUCAAGUCUCGACUCUCGAGUCUUCUCGCCCAUAUCACUCCGCAAUCCAGCUCGGCUCCAUUCGAACACAAUUUCAACCGCCAUACGCUUUCGCCCACGUUCUUUCUGCCGAGGGCAGCUAAUAUCGAGCCUGAUGCAGAGGCAAUUUACCAUUUGACGGCUGAUAAUAAGAUUCUGAGACGAACUUACAGAGAAACGGCGGCACAUGUCAGUGGUUUUGCGUACUAUAUCAAGAAGCAUGGGUUUCAGCGGAUUGGUAUUCUUGCGCCUAAUACCCCCGCGUUCUUAACGUCUAUUUUUGCAAUUGCGGCCGCUGGGGCUGUCAAUGUUGCGGUCAAUUAUCGUCUCAAAAAGGAUGAUAUAGCCUAUAUCUUCGAGCAUGGCGACGUAGAUAUGAUCAUCGUGGACAAAGAAUUCGAGCCUCUCCUUGAAACAUAUCGAUUGCAGAACCCCAAUAUUCCAUUCCUUGUCGAUGACGAUGUCUACAGUGAACCUUCGACGCCGGCUGGAAAUCUUGGUGCUGCUAUCCAGGAGGGGUGGGAGUAUGACAAGGAAACCGCACAAAAUGGAUGGGAGGGGCUAGAAGCUCAAGCGCCCGAUGAAGAUUCCAUUAUUGCCCUCGCAUAUACUAGUGGGACAACCGCACGUCCUAAGGGUGUGGAAUAUACUCAUCGGGGCUGCUAUCUUGCGGCAUUGGGAAAUGUGACUGAGUCGGGUCUUAAUUUCCAUGAAGGACGGGCUAAGUAUCUAUGGACAUUACCUAUGUUUCAUGCAAUGGGUUGGACAUUCCCAUGGUCAGUCACUGCUGUUCGUGGAACACAUUACUGUCUUCGCAAGAUUGACUACCCGGAGAUCUGGAGAUUGUUGAAGGAUGAAAAGAUCACCCAUUUCAAUGCCGCGCCGACCGUCAACACUCUACUUUGCAAUGCGAAAGAAGCUGAGAAACUAUCGCAUUCCGUUCGUGUUACGGUUGCUGCUAGUCCUCCAACGCCUCAUCUUUUUGAGCAAAUGACAAAUCUGAAUCUCCACCCUGUUCACACCUAUGGUAUGACAGAGACCUAUGGACCGAUUACUAAAGGCUACUAUCUACCUCAAUGGGAUCAAAUUCCCUUGAAGGAGAAGUAUCAAAAGAUGGCACGACAGGGCCACGGGUUUAUCACUAGUCUUCCUGCUCGAGUAAUCAAGACCGACGUACCUGAAGGGACGGUCAUUGAUGUUGAGCGGAAUGGCCAGGAGAUUGGUGAGGUGGUGUUCGUGGGCAAUAUUUGUGCUAGAGGAUACUACAAAGAUCCUGAAGCUACUCGAAAAUUGUUUGCUGGGGGCUUUCUGCACUCUGGGGACCUGGCUGUAUGGCAUCCUGAUAGGGCAAUUCAAAUCCUCGACCGUGCCAAGGAUAUCAUCAUCAGUGGUGGAGAAAACAUCUCGUCAGUGGCGCUGGAAUCUAUGCUCGUUACUCAUCCCGAUAUCCUUGAGGCUGGUGUGGUCUCCGUUCCGGAUAGUCAUUGGGGUGAGCGGCCCAAGGCAUUUAUCACCGUGAAACCUGGGAAACAACUAGAAGGCAAAGACGUUAUUGACUGGGCUCGUAACGUGAGUGAUAUUAGUAAAUUCAUGAUUCCCCGGGAAGUGGAGGUGGUGGCCGAAUUGCCCAAGACUAGCACCGGCAAGGUUCGAAAGAACGUGUUGCGUGAAUGGGCUAAGGGAUCUGGGCGAAGUGACGAUUAG